AUCCAUGAUUUCAACUAUGAAAUAACACAAUAUGGAAUUAUGUGGUGAACAAAACAAUUUGUAAACAAAACAAAAUGUGUUUUAUAUUUUAGAUUAUUUUCCUUUGACAGCUUUGCACACUCUUGGCAUUCUCUCAAUCAGCUUCAUGAGGUCAUCACCUGGAAAUGAGUUUUAAUUAACAGGAAAACACAAGUUGCACACAAAAGUCACCACACGACUGCUGGAUAAAUCAUCAAAAAUGGGGAAUGUACCUUCAGAAAGUAACAUGGGCGACCGCCUGAGAUGCUGCAAGUGUUCUAAAGUCCUGCCUCCAUGCAAAUCCUUUGAUGAUCUUUACAAACAUACUGUUCAUGGGCGGUAUGUAUAUGUGUACAAUGGAGGUGAAUACUACAGACCAGUUGGCCAUGACAAUAUGUACGAGUGUGAAUACUGCUUUAAUAAGCCAAUCAGAGAUCAAGAGAAUAUGAGGAGAGAAGAGGAGAGGAGAAGAGAAGAGGAGCGACAGAGGAGAGAGGAGGAGAGGAGAAGAGAAGAGGAGCGACAGAGGAGAGAGGAGGAGAGGAGAAGAGAGGCUGAAGAGAAGAAAAGACAAGAAGAACUGAAUCAAAGACUACAAGAAUCACACCAACGAGUCAAAGAGCAGCACGAGAAACUGAGAAACAUUUCAGAAGAAUCAGAAAUGUGCAAGCAACCAUUUCUAAGAAGUCAUCUGGAUGAUUCUGAAGCUGAUGAUGAAUCAGGCAGUGAUGAGUUCCUAGAAAUCCUCUCUUUGAAAUGCAGCAUCCCAGUUCCAUCUCUGAGUCUCAGUCAGCUGACAGCUGAGCAGCUUGAGAAAAUCCGGUCAGUCCUGGACGAGCUCCUGUUUGAUGAAUGGAUUGGUGCUCCCCCAUCCCUCAGCACUCUGCAGCACGCUCAAGUGUUCAUCACAGAGCAGUGUGCCCUGUUUCUGGAGAUACCUGAGGGAGUUUCCCUACAAAUCAUCUCUGAUCACGUGCAGUCCCUGGUGGAGUCCAUCAGCCAAUCAGCAUGUAAUGUUUUUGAGAGUUUCCUGCUGACUCAAGCCCUGUAUAUCAACCUGAUGCACUUUUGCACUGACUAUGGCAGCUCUGAUACUGAUGCAGCCCUUAUGGCCAAACAGUGGGCUGGAGAUGAGCUUUCCACUGAGCAGCUCUUUCUAAUAGAAUUCCUCAGCACACUCACAGCAUCACUGCAGAAUGUAGUUGAAAGAGCCUCUGUGUUGAUUUUAAAUAUGGAAAUCCAGUGCUUGAAGCUUCUCUUAUCCAUACUCAAAUGGCAAGGAAACCCUCUCCGAAUCCACCGAAAUGCUCCUCAGACUUGUGCAAACAAACCAAUGGACCCCAACAGAGGCAAUGACUCUGUUCAAAGCACUGUUACAGAAGUAUUCCAAGGAUGUCUCAAUAACUGA